AGAAGUGCAGUUGCCUCGGCAACCCCUACCCUAGUCCCAGCCCGUGAAGAGGAGAAGUUCGGGGCGUGUCCCGGGGCGGGUACAUGGCCCCCGUUGGUGGACGGCGAUGGAGGGGCGUGUCUUUAGGCGGUUAGAAACACUGAUUGGCUGGCGGCAGCGGCGGUGGGCGUGGCCUAGGCGCGAGAGUGGGUGAGCGCGCGCGGCGCUCGGAUGGCAGCAGUUGGCUGCGGCACUCCAGCCAGCGCUACGUCCCCGACAGCUCUUCUUCAGCGCCCGCCUGGCCCCGUCGCUCAUGGCCACCCUGCCGCGCCCCGCGCCAUCGCCCCCCGCCCCGCGCCGCCCGCUGCGCCCAGACACGAGCGACGUCCUGCAGCAGAUCAUGGCCAUCACCGACCAGAGCCUGGACGAGGCGCAGGCCAGAAAGCAUGCUCUGAAUUGCCAUCGGAUGAAGCCUGCUCUCUUCAGCGUGCUCUGUGAGAUCAAGGAAAAGACAGUGGUAAGCAUCUGUGGCAUUCAGGACGACGAUCCCCCUGACGCCCAGCUCCUGAGACUGGGUGACAUGCUGCUGGCCGAGGGCGUGUGCAGGCCUGAGAAGACAGGAAGAGGAGGAGCGGUGGCCGGGAACGGCACAGCAACACCAGGUGGCUGUCCAAAUGACAAUAGCAUUGAGCACUCUGACUACAGGGCCAGGCUGUCCCAGAUACGACAGAUUUACCACUCUGAGCUAGAGAAAUAUGAACAGGCCUGCUGUGAGUUCACCACACACGUCACCAACCUCCUCCAGGAGCAGAGCAAGAUGAGGCCCGUCUCCCCAAAGGAGAUUGAGCGCAUGGUCGGCGCCAUCCACGGCAAGUUUGGUGCCAUCCAGAUGCAAUUGAAGCAGAGCACCUGCAAGGCCGUGAUGAUGCUGCGCUCGCGGCUGCUCGAUGCCAGGCGCAAGCGGCAGAAUUUCAGCAAGCAGGCGACGGAAGUGCUGAAUGAAUAUUUUUAUUCCCAUUUGAGCAACCCUUACCCCAGCGAAGAAGCCAAAGAAGAGCUGGCCAGGAAGGGCGGCAUCACCGUCUCACAGGUCUCUAACUGGUUCGGCAACAAAAGAAUCCAGUAUAAAAAGAACAUGGGGAAGCUUCAGGAAGAGGCUAUCAUUUACACGGGAAAAACGGCUGUAGAUACCAACGAAGUUGGGGUCCCAGGGAACCACACCAGCUGCCUGUCAACACCCAGCUCCGGCUCGUCUGGACCCUUCCCACUGCCCAGCGCUGGAGACGCUUUCCUCACCCUGCGGACACUGGCCUCUCUCCAGCCUCCUGCUGGCGGAUGCUGCCUGCAGUCCCAGGCCCAGGGUAGCUGGCAGGGGGCCACCCCCCUACCUGCAACUGCGCCACCUGCUGGAGACCCUGGCGGCAUCAACUCCAACGCGGCUAAUUAAGUUUUGGGGAUAAGCAGGAAAGAGCGCCGCCGCCUGAGCUGCUGCGCGUGGCCGGCCCUCGCGCGGUUAGUCCACGUGCCGCUAAUGACCUCAGAAAACGCAGAUGAGUGCCUGCUCCUCAGCUGGCCCGUGGCGCCGGCACUUGUGUCUGCUGGGACUCGAGAUGGCCUGAAACGCCACUCAUUCUCCCACCUCAGUUCGUUUUUUUGAUAGUAAUUUUAUGGUAAUGGUAUGAAUUGUCUGUUCUAGGACUUGGCACAGAUUUUCCCAUUAAAAUUUUUGACUUAUUUUCAUUCCGA